AUGAAUAUAGCAGUUAUGAACAGCAACACCGUGACAGAAUUUGUUAACGACAAACCAAAUUUCAACACUUUUGUGGACGAAUGGUUUGCCAUGAUAGACACCAAAGGCGGCGGUAGCCUCUCGCGAGACCAAGUUCGUGGCGGAUUCGGAAUGUUCAUGCCAUUAGGUUCAUAUUCGCAUCCUCAAGAAGAGGUUGACAGAAUGUUGGAAUUAAUAUUCACGAGAUUCGACGAAGAUCAUAACGGAUCUCUCGAUUUAAACGAGUUUAAGAAGUUAAUGACGGAGAUUAUGAAUGCAGUUGCUCGUGGAAUUGGUGGCUCUCCUAUUAUUGUUGCUCUUGAUAAAGAUAGCUUGCUUAUGAAGGCUGUUCAAAGAGAAUUGGCAACACACUCAUGA